AUGCCGCCUAACAUCACCAUUCCAGCAAGCUUGAUUUUCGAAGUCGUCUGUGCAGACACUGCCCCCGGGGAGACUGUGGCUGUUGUUGGAUCCUGUCCAGAGCUUGGCGAGUGGGAUCCCAACAAGGCCCUGGAACUCGCGACGGAGGCGCGCGUCUUCCCCAGCUGGUUCUCGCCGGCCAUUCCCAUCCACCCGGACAAGAUUUUCUUCAAGGUCGUUAUCAAAGGCCCCAAGGGGGUUCGCUGGGAGGGUGGUGACAACAAGCCGGUGCAGCUCUACGAAGGGAAGCGGAGCAAGGUCAAGUGCUCCUUCGGCAGUGAGGAUUUCAUUGCUGCCACCAGUGUUGCUCCCAAAGAUAUCGACAAUCUCUCGCCGGCUCCUGAACUCAUUAAUCGCCCGAAGCCCGUGGAGGAGAAACCCAGCGGUGGCUACAUUGCGCAGGAAGAUGCCGCGAAAGAGGAGCCUCUGAAAGAGGAGACUGAUGAGACGACGGAGCAAGGACCGCCACUCCAGAAGCGCCAGUCGCGGCACCUCUUCCAGAACUCCGAUGGGUCGCUCAACAUGCAGAUGAGUCGCACUGCAAGUUUGAUGCUGGUGGACAUGGACGAGUUCUGUGCAGAAGCGGAAGCGGAGGAGUCGCAUCUCGUGGAACUGGAACGGGAACGACUCAACAUGCAGCAGCGGCGUGUCGCCAGCGCCGCCCUCCUGGAGGAGAUGGCAAAGAUCACAGAGUACGCAGAUCCGUCCCACACGGUGAUGUUGCAAGGCUUCAACUGGGAGAGCCACAAGGCUGGCAAGGGAAACUGGUACGGCAUCGUGGAGUCCAAGGCCUGGCAGGGCCUGGCAGGGGCGCAGGGGGUGGACAUGCUCGCCGACAUGGGCAUCACGGAUAUUUGGCUGCCUCCCUGCUCGCAGUCUGUGGCACCCCAGGGCUACCUGCCAUCGCAGUUGUUCAACCUCGAUGCAUCUGCCUAUGGGAAGAAGGCUGAGCUGAAGUCACUUCUCAAAUCCCUGCAUGCGAAGGGCAUGCGCGGCGUGGCAGAUAUCGUCAUCAACCAUCGCUGCGGGGACAAGCAGGACGAGCAGGGACGAUGGAAUGUGUUCACCAGCACCGGCAUCGAGUCCCGGAAGAGCUUUCACGGCAUCAUGGAUUGGCAAGGCUGGGCCAUAACCCUCGGCGACCAGUUUUCGGAUGGAACCGGGGAGCGAGGACCCGGUCACUAUGAUGGGAAGUUCGACGCCGCACCCGACAUCGACCACGGCAACAAGAAGGUGCAAGGCAGCAUCGCCAUUUGGCUGCGCUGGCUCCGUCUGGACAUCGGCUUCGAUGCCUGGCGCUUCGACUUUGUCAAGGGCUAUGGUGCCGAGUAUGUCGGCCACUACUGCCGCAAAGCUGCAGAUGACUUGUUGACCCGCUGCGAAUCAGUGCCACACGGGAUCGACAAUCGCAGAGUUGCCUGGGCGUGGCUGCGAGGCAAGAAGAGUGAGCCGUCCUGGGCUGUCGGAGAGCUGUGGUUGGACAUGGAGUACGAUCACGACGGCUUGAAGUACAACCAGGAUAAGCACAGGCAGGAUACUGUGAACUGGAUCAAUGGCACGGACAAAGAGAGCACCGCCUUCGAUUUCACCACCAAAGGUAUCCUCCAGGAAGCGGUUCGCAACACGCAGUACUGGCGGCUCAAGGACUCCAACGGCAAGCCUCCAGGCCUCUUGGGCUGGAUGCCGACACACGCCGUGACCUUCCUCGACAACCACGACACCGGGAGUACCCAGGGUCACUGGCCUUUUCCGAACGACAAGGUGCUGGUGGGCUACGCCUACAUCCUCACCCACCCAGGUAUCCCUUGCAUCUUUUGGGACCACGUCUGCGACUGGGGCGAGGACAUGCGAAAUCGCAUCAAGGCGCUGCUGCAGCUGCGCCGGAGGGCUGGGAUCAAGGUGGACGACAAAGUUCAGAUCUUGUGUGCAGAUCACGACCUGUACAUUGCAGAGAUCGGCUCUCCCCCUGCGCUGCGUGUUGCUCUGGGCCCGAAGCACUCCGGCGUCGACGGCUCCUGGUCUCCGGGCACCGAGGGCGCAGACGCUCGGAGAAACACGCCGAGAGCAUCCUGUGGCACUGGGCACCCCACCUGUGAAAAGUUGAACGGCUGCGUGUGCUCCUCUGAGGACUACCGUGUCUGGAUCAGAGCCUCGGCUGCCGGGUAA